AUUCACCGUGACGACAUAUGAACGCGACCUUUUUAUUAGGUAGAUUUUAUACUCCUACACUGUAGGCGGCGGUAAUGCAGGUUUCUGUACAUUUAAAAGAGACCCAACAUCAAUGAGGAAGAAGAAACUGGAAGUUCUUGUAAUAACGGUGUGUUUUUAAGGUCACAUAUGCUCUGUUUAGACCAAUAAGUCAGUCAAUUAAUCAGAGCCACUGUUGAACCGAUAAUAUACAUAUCGUCAUCUAAAGAAAGAUCUAUUUACCACAGGUGCGUAAGAGGGGUACGCCGUCAUGGGGAAGCGGUAUUACUGCGACUACUGUGACCGAUCCUUCCAGGAUAACAUGCAUAACCGAAAAAAGCACCUGAACGGCGUUCAACACCAUAGAUCCAAAAAGGCUUGGUUCGACAAUUUCAGAGAUGGUGCUGCCAUUUUGGCGGAAGAACAAAUUAAGAAGCCCUGCAGGAAAUUCAUCCAGACAGGCCAGUGUGUCUUUGGCUUUAGCUGCAGAUUUUCCCACAUGACAAAAAAGGACAUCGACGACCUCAAGCGGCAGAUUGAAGCUGAAAGGCAGAGGAAGGAGGACCCAGAUGCCGCCCAGCAAUCUCCUUUGCGGAAUGUGGAUGACUGGCUGAGCAGGAGAGAGAAGAGGAAGGCAGCACUGGACAGUGGCAGCAUUCUGAAAGAGGAGGAGGAAGAACCUGCCACGGGCAGCGACGUCCCUCCCCAUUUUCUCUCCAUACCGGACCUCCCGGUCUCUCUCCUGCCACCGCCCCCUGGUGGAUGGAAGAACAUGCCUCAGACAGAAUGGGGUUAAGUCUCCCACCCUGUUUGUUGGCCUGUGAUCGGUUAGGAGAGUCAGGCCAGCGGGACCGCAGGAGCAGCAGUCAGAGGCACACCGCGGGAGCCGCCAUUUCAGUUUCGACGCGGUUUUUCUACGCGCUCAAUUUAGCCGCUAAUAUGAGCGGAAGAUCGCACCUGUCUGAUGCUGGUAAAAACGAGCUGCUGACUGAAAGGUGGCACAGUCGGUGAUUUAUUCACACCUGGGAAAGUCAGUAGAGGUUUCCUCUCCAAACAGGCAGCUUAACCACAGGGCGUCGUUGCUCCCUCUGUGGGUCCUCUUUCUUAAGCUACGCCAACAGGUGUUCACGGCUUUUAAUCUUACGUGCAUAAUCGGUAUUACGUUGAGCCAUGUGAAUGCCUCGAAUACGUUUUUCUUUUCCUGAGAAUGUGGUUCAGCCAGAGAAACCGGUUCUUUUAUAUAGAGUUUGCCGUUUUUUUCAAAGCGUUGAAAUAUUCCAUAUCAUCUUUUUGUCCCCUACGAGGGAGGGGAGGGUAACAUUUGAUGCUAGGAUUAGCAUGGAAAAGAGGUUUCCCCAAGGAAACAAGAAAUAAGUUUAAGGAUGGGGGAAGGAGAAAGUGGCAUGUGGGGCAUUGUGGGUAGUUGCACUGAAGAUGAAAGUGCCUGAACAGGAAGUGGAAUGUUUUUGAGCUUCCUAGUGCAACAAGGCCUGAUAAGUGAGCCUAAUGAAAUGCUGAAAAGUAACAUGACCUUUUGGAAAAGCCACGCGUGAGGGCUGUCUGUCAGACCGACACCGUGCUUCUUUUAAAUAAAGUUUUCUUUCCAA